UGACCAAGUCCACCAAGGCAAAGGCCAACACACACAUUCAACACUCUUCUAAGGUUUCUUCAUCUUCCUUAUAGAGUUCAUCAUUCUCUAGGGUUUCCUUACCACUCUCCCAAGUGUUCAUAUCUUAGCAGUCCCUAUCAUGGAUCGGGUGAGGGAGUUGGCAUCGAAGAAGGCGGCAGUGAUUUUCACUAAGAGCUCGUGCUGCAUGUGCCACAGCAUCAAGAGCCUCUUCUAUGAGCUCGGCGCAAGCCCCGCGAUCCACGAGCUUGAUCAUGAAGCAAGUGGGAGGGAAAUGGAGUGGGCGCUACGAAAUCUCGGGUGUACUCCAUCGGUCCCCGCCGUCUUCAUAGGCGGCCGGUUUAUUGGCUCAGCUAAAGACGUCAUAUCUUACCAUGUUGACGGGUCUUUGAAGCAAAUGCUGAUAGAUGCAAAGGCCAUAUGGUUCUAGCGAGACAGACUUUGUAAAUUAAAUAAGCUCCAUAUAUGGAAUCUAUUUGUCAUGAACCAUAUAUGAGAAGCUUCAUCCCAAACAGAAAUGAAAUCUUGUAUCGAAAGCUAGCUCUUUUAUCCGUGAA